AUGUAUCCAUCAGAUUGUAACCCACCAAGGAUUUACGGAAUGAUUAAAGCUCACAAACCAGAAAAAGAUUACCCAAUGCGCCCUGUUGUAUCAACAAUUAACACACCACCUUAUGGAACAUCUGAUUAUCUUGUUAAAAUUAUUCAACCGACUCUGAACAAAAAUAAAAAUAGACUUAUGAAUUCUAAUAGUUUUGUAAAUGAAGCUAAGCAAUGGAUAAUAGAUCCUAACGAAGUUCAAGUUUCAUUUGAUAUAGUCAAUUUAUAUCCAUCCAUACCCAUUGACGAAGCAAUUCCGGUUAUUAUUGAUAUUUUGAAGGCUGUCAUUGAUGACUUAAAAACUCGAACUAAACUUACUCUUGCAGACAUACAUCAAUUAAUUGAACUUUCAUUAAGUAUAUGUUAUUUUUUAUAUGAAAACAAUAUCCGAAUAAUACCUAAUUCAGGUCCUAUAGGUUUAUCUUUAAUGGUUGUUAUGGCGGAAGCGUUUUUACAAAAUAUAGAAAGAAAAGCCCUUAACAUAGCAAUUAUUCAUACAUCCGAACCAAAAACUUACAAGAGAUAUGUAGAUGAUUGUCAUGCUCGCUUUGCUUCAAUAAAACAACAACAAAUGUUCCUGAACAUCCUUAAUGAACAACAUCCUGCCAUAAAAUACAGAGUGGAACUUGAAAACGACCUCAAACAACUCAAUUUCCUAGAUAUUAACAUUACAAACACAGGCUCUGGAACCUAUGAAUUUCAAAUACAUAGAAAAGAAGCUAUUACAAAUGUUCAACUUAAACCUAACUCUAACAUUAAUCCUAACAUUAAUAUUGGCGUUUUCAAAGGAUUUUUAUGUCGUGCUAAAAGAAUGUGCUCUCAAAAACACCUUCAAAAAGAAAUUAAUUUUCUAAUAGACAUCUUUGUUGAAAAUGGCCACGACAAGAACAUUCUAAAUAAUAUUACUAUAGACUAUUUAAAAAACGGUUCAAAAAACACCACAUUUUAA